ACUCAAACGAGAACAUUUUCGCGAUACAUUUAAUUGUCACUCGCUAUAAAUGAACUGUUUAGAAAUUUUGGCGCGAUUUUGCUCCGUAGCGGAAGGACACAGGCGGUAGUCGAUUUAUAAACCGAGCGACCCCGACAGCCACACCUACUCUGUCUGCUAGUAGCGGAGGAGAAGAAGAAGAAAAAGAAGAGAGAGACAGGAUAUAAACACCAUGCUGCCGUGUUACGACUUUAAUUUCACACGCAGAAAAUUUCCCCCACACACAGAGUUGUAGUGAUUUUCCUCUCCUUUUGGACUUUAAAGGAUAUCUCGGACGUUUCCUCCAUUUUUCUUCAUUGUGAAUUCCCCUCUCUAUAAGGACAGCUGAAGGUAACUUGGUGCAUGCGGGUGAAAUGGGGUUACCUUCUGUUAUCUAACUUGCAUAUGAGACGUGGAAAGCUUUUUUGUUGCUGGUCGUAAAUGUGGUUUUGUGCAUUUAUGUGCUAGUUUUAUGUAGAUUUAGGGGGUUAAAUCGAUGAAUGUCGAUUUUCAUGUCUAAAGUCUGCAGUCGCUCAACCCAUGCUGGGUUUAAAUGACCCGAACUGCGGGUCAACCUGAGAAAUCUGUCGGACUUUGUGUUCCUGUCCACACAAUGACACUGUCACCCCCUGAAACAUGAUAAUAGGGUGGCUACACGUCUUUAAUAGUAUCAAGUUUUAUUACAUUUUUACUUUUGGAGAAAAUGUGUGUAUGUUGUGUUCUUUUUUUAAGAAAAAAAAAAAAAACGAAUUUCACACAGAAUCACAAACAGAUGAUUAAUGAAUUUCUACUGAAGCUUCAGUCAAAACCUGAUUUGAAAAAAUAAAAAACAACAAAAACGGUCAUUUCUUUGAGUCUCCACUUUAAACCCUCAUGUGCACACGCUGUUCUCAGCCUCCGGGACUUUUUGACAGUCUCAUCUAUUCAUGAGUUGAUCACAGAAGUUUAAUGCCUAAGUAAACCUGACACACUUGAAAAUGAAACACUUUUAAUGGCUGUUAUUACAGUCAAGGAGCAGAUUGGUCUGGGUUAAAGUUCUGUUAAAUGUUCUCCUGGCUAAGUCCAAGUCUGUCUGCACCUCACACACUGCUGCUUUGUUCUCUCACACAGACUGCUAUACAUGCACGUAUAUAAGCAUGAGAGGCUGAUUAUUAUAGGAUUUCCCCUCAUAAAAUAGGGCCUCCCUUUGUCUGUUGUCCUGUGGUUUUGCAUACAAAUGAUUGAUUUGCAUAAUUUUUGCUUCAGUUUUAUAGCUUUGAUGAGUGGUUCGCUUAAGCAGCAGUUUCUAGAAGGAACCCUGGCUGUUUUUUAGGAUUAUAGGUAGGUUCUUUUGGCUUUUUUAAAUGACUCAUGAUAUGUCUGAUAUAAGUUUCUCAGGGCCAAUACUGACACUUAUUUAUAACCAUUAUGGAACCAAUGUGUAUUUGCAGUUAAAAUAAACUUUGGUCUGUGAAAAAUUCAUUUGCUAUAAGAGAAGCUGCAGUAGUGGUAAAAAGAUGCACACUUUUGAAUGGAUAAAUAUGAUCAGGAAUCUGCUGCAUGUGGGCUCCUCGUACUUGGUUGUAAACUUGGUUUUGUGUAUUGACUUGAUUUCCUGCGUGAGUGUGAAACAGCAGCAGAGGUCUUACGUGUUGCAUGACUAAAGGAAGACAAAGGAAGCCGACAAACUUUCUCUCAAGCUACCCCCACCCCCACCCAGGCUGUUUUUAUGCACUUUCUUUGAAGGGAAAAUGUAAAUUGUGAAAAGGGGUGUAAAAUUUCUGGCAUGGACUCUCCCAGCUGUUCCUGUGAUGUCAUGGGAAGGGGGGCGCCAAAUUUUCGGGGUGAUUUACGCCUUGGGGUAGCGAUGUGGGCGGGGCUUAAGUGAUGUAAACACAGAUAAAAGGUGGUACGCUGCCUUUGACUCUCUCAGUGAGGAGAAACCAGUGAAAACUUUUACUACAACACGUGUCUCUGCUGCUGCUGGAUUUUCUCAUUCAGUCCUCCACACUACCAGCUCUUCUUCUUCCCUGGAUUUUAAACUUCUCACACUCCUCUACCUCACUGGUUAAUUUAUUUUUGGGUGUUUUUGUCGGUUUUUCUCACAGAGACCACCAUCAAGAUGUUGCAAAGCUUCGCUCAGUCACAGGACUGGCUUUACUCUGAGCCAUUGCUGUUUGAUGAUGAGUUCUGCCAGAGUUUGAUGAAGGACCUCCAGUCUUUGCCAACUCCCCCACAGUCCCCUCCAAUGAAGGCUGAGGUCGGCAGCAGUAAGCCCCUGUCCAAGGAGGACCAGCUGAGCUUUGUGUCCGAGCUCCUCCUGGAGGAUCGCGACAUGCAGCUCAACUGGAACUACGACUUCUUCCACUCCGACAUGGCAGAGAAGGAGGGUGAGCCCAUCCAGCCUUGCUCCCCACUGGAGGAGAGCGGCGAGGACUGCCUGUGGCGGUGUCUCGCAGGAGACAAGAGCCUAGAGGAGAAGCUGGUCUCCACCAUGCUCAGCUCCAGCCCACUGCUUUCAGAAAUCAAUGAAAGCAUAUUUGAGGAGAUCGCUGGGUCCACUCUGGACUGCCAGAACCUGAUGAACACUCAGGAGUCCAGCGAAUCCACAUCAGACUAUGGGUCAACAGGAGGAUCCACAUAUUCAUCCAGUGACUCUGGUAAGUUCAAACUUCCUCAUACUUAACCUUUAUGGUGAAGUUCUGCUAAAACGCUGCACCCAUUUCUAAACCUCAAACCAAUGAGCCCGACUUAGAGGACCGAGUUAAUUUCGGUUUUCUUGAUUUUAUUCUUAAAUCUUAAGGAUUUUGGGAUAAAAUCUUUUCUGCUGUUUUGGAAGUUUCUUUUUUUCUUACAGGAUUGCUGAUGUUUUUUGUGGAUCUCACAUCAGAGUUUCACCGUGUUAAACUUCCUCCCCUUUUACGGAUGUUGUAGUCCUGAUAAUCAUAUCCGACCUUGUUCUCGUGCAGCUUAUCAGUAUAAACAGUCUUCUCCCUCAGCUCCUUCCCUAGUAUUUCAUUGAUAACUCAUGGUUAAUGUUUAGUGGCACCGAGCCCGAGUUGUUCUUUGAACUCCUCUUAUCUGCAUGCCGGCCGACCACCUGGAGUGUUUUAUGACUCAAGGAUGUAGCUGGAGUGUGGGCGGGGCUUUAGCUGUUGACUGACAUAAUGAGAUGACACGAUUGACUGUAAUAGUGUGUGUGUGUGUUUGUGUGAGAGAGUCAUGUUCAGGAGCUCCGUCUAUUACCACCUAAUGAGUCAUCACAAGGACUUAAGCCCUGUGGCAUCCUGUACUUUCUAAACCAGAGAAGAAGAACAAGGGGCUGACUAGUGCUUAUUGAAUUAUCUGGUCAGGAUUAGUCAUUGCUAAAAAUAGAAAAAACAUGUUUUCAGUCUUUAUGUAUCCAUCAGGACUGUCACGACUGUAGAGCGUCACCCAUUUUCAUAGUAAGGGGCGGUAGUGGGUCGUGAUGCCAGUUUUACAGCCUUGGAAGUGGCACAAACUUCAUUUUUAAAAUAAAACCAUGUUUUUACAGACUUGGGAAUAAAAUCACAGAAAUUCCAAAAAUAAAUGUAGAGCACAAUCAUUUCAAGGAAGUCCUGUUUGUGUCUAUGUGUGUGUGUAAGCAGAUCCCUUAUGUGUACAGUGCAUACACUCUUGUUUUUGGUGUCAGUGUAUUCUCUGAAAUGUCAUGUCGUCAUCACGCCGCAGAUUCAGCUCCCCAAAGGGUCAAAAAAACAAACCCGUCUGACCUUUUCUUCUCUUUCUUCCACAGAGGAGGAGAUUGAUGUAGUGACUGUGGUGCGCUGUUCCUCCAGCCCCCCCCCUCUGCCCUCAUUGGCUGAUCUGUCAACCCGUCAGCAGAAGCAGGAAGAGGAAAAGCGGGCCCUUCAGCGCCACAACAUUGAGAUUCAGCUGCAACACAACUAUGCUGCGCCAUGUCCUGCCUCACCACCGCCACCGUCUUCCUCGUCUAACAAACGCACGAGAGGGAGUGAUGGCUCAUCCCGCUACCAUCACUCCUCCUCCCGCAGCUCGUCCUCCUCAUCCUCCUCUUCAUCACGAUACCACCACCACCACCACCACCACUCAUUCAAGAAUUCAACAGAGACGGAAGAUGAAGAAGAGAGGAGGAGAACGCACAAUGUAAUGGAGAGGCAGAGGCGGAACGAGCUAAAGAACUGCUUCAUGCGCCUGAGAGAUAACGUUCCUGAGCUGUCGCACAACGACAAGGCGUCCAAGGUGAUCAUCUUGAAGAAGGCAAGGGAUUGCAUCUACGGCCUGGAAGACGAAGGUCAUAGACUGCAGUCCAAGAGGGACAAACUUAGAGCCAAGCAGGAGGAGCUGAAAGCCAGGCUGGAGCAGCUCCGCAGCUAAUGGACCAAUCACAGGCUGUGAUUGUAGCUGCUUAUUGAGGACACUUUGUACAAAGACUAGGGAGGUGUCAUGCUGAAAGGAGUGCACAAACUUUAAGACAUUUCAAGGACUUCAUGGUAACAAUAACUGUGUCUGGACUGUAUAGACUUAUGUAACACACACACUCAUUGCCUCAGAUUUGAUCAUUCUCAUGCCUUGACUGCUGACUGUUGUAGAGAGUAGGACUUUUAAAUUUGGAACGAGGUCGGAGAGAGCAGAGCAGAUAUUUUUAUUUUCGCUGGGCUGGACGCACAUAAAACACAAAAACCUCUUUGGUCGUCAUUCGUACUUUGGGCAGAGGUGUGCCCUUGGCCAAAUAAUUUGAAGCCUCAUGAGCUAGGUAGUUGAAUGAAACUUGAAUAUUGUGUUUUCAGGACGUAUUAUAGCCAUACUAACCAGUGAUCCCUCCACUCUGACUGAUGUGUGAUGCUGGCUUCAGAGUAUUUGGUCAACUGCACCUCCUUCAGCUCUGAUUAAAGAGGUUGCAUUAUGCUUAUUUCACAUUACAAAUGAACCAAUUUUAAAUGAUACUGAAAUGGUCUGCUCAGAUUGGUCAUACCAAUCAGUGAGACCUUACACGGCAUAAUGAUCAUAACGUACCUGUGCUUUGUUGCUGCGGGCUCUUUCACUGCCCCUCCAAAUUUAGGGGUUAGAUAGUAGUCAUCUUCAAUAGAGUGACAAGACUUUGUAGCAUGGCAACAGUGGAGGAGGGCUCUGGAAUGCAGCGUUCUGAGGGUAUGAGUUCCGGAAUGCUGUGACUUGGAGUGCUGGGUUCCAAAGUGCCUUAAAGAGACAGUAGAGGUUCAAAUGAGGGUUUUCAAAGACGUCCGUCUGAGGGUUAGGGUUAUCAGAUCUGUUCAUGGUAAAAAUACCAACCCUAAACAUGAGCAUCAUGGCUCCUCUUGCAUCCCAGUCGGAGUCCAAAGAGGUAUUCAAUGUGCUUCCAGCCCCGCUUGACUUCAGGCGGACCCUUGGGCCCAACACCACUCUGUUAUCAGGUUCAUGUGUUUAGACAGUACUGUAUAGACCAGGUGUGAUACUGUACAAAUACCGAUGCUCAGCCUGGGUUCAGUUCACCACCAGUUUACUCCCCCCAGUGUGUGUGUGUGUGUGUGGGUGUGUGUUUUCUCAAGCUGGGAAAAAAAACUGUGUGUGAGGAAUAACCAGUUCAAGCUUGGAAGUAGCCAUAAUAAGCAGCAUUCAGGUUCUGAGGAGGCUGAACUGGAGCGGGAACUGAACCCCGAGGUGAGCUACAGUAGCAAUUCAGCCAAAGUUGGGUCAGAGAAACCUCUGAAUAAGGCUUGUAUGUUUGAAAAAUGGAGAUGGUAUAUUUAAAGGUUCUGGUUGGAAGAAUACUGUGACGUUUAGUUCUGCUGCUCAGAAAGCAGCCAUCCUUCUAAAUGUACAAUAAGAAGAGGAUGAUAUUUUAUUAUCCAGUGAUCGAUGCUUCAGUGUGACAGAGAUUCAUCAACUGGUGGCCCAAGAUUAUCAAACAUCAGUUUUGUUGGGAUGAGCUUCAACCUCUUUGCAUCCACCUGCUUCAAUCAACCAGAUAGUUUCCUAUAAGUAAAAAGCUAACUUCUAUCAACAAGACGCUGAUUUUUCUGAGCACCUAUAAAAUCAUUAGAUGAUAAAGUGUUUGCCCUUUUGUAAAUUAAGAUUUCAACCAUGUAUAUUUUCUAGAGGUGAGGAUCACUCCCCUGAAUAUGUCACUUGUCAAUGGAUGACUCCACUGGUACCAGUUUGUUCCCUGAUAAGCUGUUCUUUUGGUUCAAGGGGUCCAAAACUGGUUCUGGAGAUUAUCAAUCCGAGUGAUAUUAAAAAGUAAAUAUGAUUAAAGUAGGUAUUUUUAAAAAUAAUGGCGAUCUGUACCUGUUCACCAUGAGCUUGUCGUACCUCUCAGGUGUUUGGUUGAGCUGGUACUUUGGGCUGGAUAUGAAGUUUGCCAAUAUGAUCCAUUUAAUGUGCUGUUUGUAAUGAAAUGUGCAGAUGGGAAAUGUUUGCUUCUUGGUGUCAAAUGUCUUAAAAUGCAUCCUGUAAGUAUUUUUGUAUUGGAAUAGAGUUCUUCCUCUUCCUCAGUCUGGCUGUACUUGAACAGACCCUGUUUGUUGGUAGAGAGAGUGGAGGUGUUUUUGGUGUUUAAUGGUAAAAACCUGUUCUGCCUUGAAAUGUACUCUGUUCAGGACUCCUAGUUUCUUUUGUUUGAUUACGCUGCUGUCAUGUUAAAACCACAAAUGCUUCCAAUACGAGUUAAUUAUUUUGUAGUUUUAGAUUUUCAGUUAUUUUUGCUAUUCUUCUAGAGCUUUUCGGUCACCGCGUUUUUCAAGGGCGGAUUUGGAGGUUUUAACGGGACAGCAGAGGUGAAACAUUUUUUUUGUUAGCAUGAUAAACCUACCUCCACCUGGCUGCAGUCUGGCCUGUAAUGUUGUUUUAUUUUUUAAUUUUUUUCCUGUCUAUAUUAUUGUAUAGAUUUGUUUUUAUUAAAAUGUAAAUAUUUUUGUUAUUGUAUCAUAAAUUAUUUUUGUCAUUUUUUUUCUUUGUUCAUAUGAAUUUGAGGAUUUAAAAAAUGUUAUUCUUUACCAAGCAGCACUUUUUUGAUAUUGAUGUAAUUAAAGAACGAGAAUGAGCUGAGAA